CAGAUCACACUUCUGAGCGGUCUUUGCUUGCAGUCAUCAUGAAGGUGUUUGCAGUAAUCCUCGCCCUCGCCGUCUUCUCAGGCUGCCAGGCCCGAAGCAUCGCUCCGGAGGAAUGGAGGAGCACGCUGGAGGACACAGUGGACAAGCUCAAGGAGUACAUGACGGACAUGAACACCAGGGCUGAGGAGGUGGUGAAGGACAUCCGCAGCCACCAGAUCAGCAGGGAGCUGGACACCCUGUUCCAGGACAGCGUGGCGGAGAUGUCCAUGUACAAGGACGACCUGCACACCAAGCUAGCUCCCUACACCCAGGAGGCCACCGAGCGCCUGGGGCGGGACCUGCAGCGCAUGGCGGGAAAGCUGGGCGAGCACAUGACCGACGCCCGCCAGCAGAUGGACCUGUACGGCCAGGAGCUGAGGACCAUGGUGGAGCUCAACACCGACGACGUCAGGAACCGCCUGUCCGCCUACAGCCGCAAGCUGAACAAACGCAUCCUGAAGGACACCGAGGAGAUGAAGAGAGUCGUGGGCGACUACUUCAGCGAGCUGCACUCCCGCAGCUCGGACCACGCCGAGGACCUGAGGGCCCGCCUGGACCCGUACUUCGCCCAGGUGCGCGUCAACGCCCAGGCCAAGAUGACCACCAUCAAUGACCUGCUGAAGUCCCAGAUGGAGACGGUGAAGGGCCAGAUCCAGACCGCCGCCGAGGACAUCAAGGAGCGCUUCGAGGACACCACCGAGGACCUGACGUCCGCCCUGGGGGGCCAGAUGGAAACGCUGCGCAACUGGUUCCAGCCCUACAUCACCCAGAUCAGAGAGUCCAUGUAAGGAGUCUACUGGGUCGUCCUACAUCCUCCCGAUCCAGAUCUGCUACGUGUGGAGGGUUUCAAAGAAUUCGCCGAUAAAACAGAAACCGAUGGAAUAAAAUAAGAAGUGUAACAUCAAAUAAAAUUCACUCCACACACUUGUGAGGGUCUGUUUUAUUUACCGGGGAACUGAGACGUCCAGCAGCGCGGGGGUCACAUGAAAAAAGUUGAAAUGUCGAGA